GAGGAAGGGGCAGCAGAGGAGUCCUGAGUCGGUGGUGGUGAUCCCGGCGGGUCACCCGCACGCCGCACUCAGUGUCCUCGCUGGGUCCCUGUCGUCCACAUCCUUGCCCCCCUCCAAGCUACCUUUCACGGCCUGGACGUCACGCCGAGACUGGCCGCCAUGGACUUCUCCAAGUUCCUGGCCGACGACUUCGACGUGAAGGAGUGGAUCAACGCGGCGUUCAGAGCGGGCCCCAAGGAGGCGGCGGUGGGGAAGGCGGACGGCCACGCGGCCACCCUGGUGAUGAAGCUCCAGCUCUUCAUCCAAGAAGUGAACCACGCCGUGGAGGAAACCAGUCACCAGGCCCUUCAGAACAUGCCCAGAGUUCUUCGAGAUGUCGAAGCCCUCAAACAAGAAGCUUCUUUCCUGAAAGAACAAAUGAUUCUUGUCAAAGAGGACAUUAAGAAAUUUGAACAGGACACAGCUCAAUCAAUGCAGGUAUUGGUAGAAAUCGACCAGGUGAAGUCCAGAAUGCAGCUUGCUGCAGAAUCUCUUCAGGAAGCAGACAAGUGGAGCACGUUAAGUGCUGAUAUUGAAGAGACCUUUAAGACUCAAGACAUCGCUGUGAUUUCCGCCAAGCUCACGGGGAUGCAGAACAGUUUGAUGAUGCUUGUCGACACACCAGACUACUCAGAAAAAUGUGUGCACUUGGAGGCAUUGAAGAACAGGCUGGAGGCCCUGGCCAGCCCCCAGAUUAUAGCUGUGUUCAACUCUCAGUCUGUAGAUCAGGCCAAAGCAUAUGUGAAGAUUUUUACUGAAAUUGACCGGAUGCCCCAGCUCCUUGCAUACUACUAUAAGUGUCGUAAGGUACGGCUCUUAGCAACUUGGCAGGAGUUGUGCCAGAGUGAGCUCCCCCUGGACCGACAGCUCACCGGACUCUACGAUGCCUUGCUUGGUGCCUGGCACAGCCAAAUCCAAUGGGCUACGCAGGUCUUCAAGAACCCCCAGGAGGUAGUGACAGUGCUGCUGAUUCAGACCUUGGGGGCCUUGGUGCCCUCUCUGCCCAUCUGCCUGGCUUCCGCUUUGGAGAGGGCAGGACCAGAGAUGGAGCUCACCAAGCUGCUGGAGUUCUAUGACACCACUGCCCACUUUGCAAAGGGCUUGGAGAUGGCUCUUCUCCCCCACCUACAUGAGCACAACGCAGUGAAAGUCACGGAACUGGUGGAUGCUGUAUAUGGCCCAUACAAGCCCUACCAGCUGAAGUACGGUGACCUGGAGGAGAACCACCUCCUCAUCCAGAUCAGUGCGGUGCCCUUGGAGCACGGAGAAGUCAUCGACUGUGUCCAAGAGCUGAGCCACUCUGUAAACAAGCUCUUUGGUCUGGCAUCCACAGCCAUUGACAGAUGCAUCAGAUUCACCAAUGGCCUGGGAACCUGUGGCCUGCUGACAGCCUUGAAAUCUCUCUUUGCUAAGUAUGUGUCUGAUUUCACCAAUACUCUCCAGUCGAUUCGAAAGAAGUGUAAGCUGGAUGAUAUCCCCCCCAGCUCCCUCUUCCAUGAGGAUUGGACGGCUUUUCAGAACUCCAUUAGGAUAAUAGCCACCUGUGGUGAGCUCUUGCGGCAGUGUGGGGACUUGGAGCAACAGCUGGCAAACAGGAUUUUGUCCACAGCUGGGAAGUAUCUCAGUGAUUCCUACUGCCCACAGAGCCUGACCGGCUUUCAGGAGAGCAUCUUGACAGACAGGAAGAGCACUGCCAAGAAUCCCUGGCAAGAAUAUAAUUACUUUCAGAAAGAGAACCCUGCGGAAUAUUCCAGUUUAAUGGAAAUACUUUAUACCCUCAAGGAAAAGGGAUCCAGCAAUCAUAACCUGCUGUCUGCGUCUCGAUCAGCACUCACUCGGCUCAACCAGCAGGCCCACCAGCUGGCUUUCGACUCCGUCUUCCUGCGCAUCAAGCAGCAGCUCUUACUCAUUUCCAAGAUGGACAGCUGGAGCACAGCCAGUGUUGGAGAGACUCUCACGGAUGACCUGCCCACCUUUAGCCUCACUCCCCUUGAGUACAUCAGCAAUAUCGGGCAGUACCUCAUGUCCCUUCCUCUGAACCUGGAGCCAUUCGUGACUCAGGAGGACUCUGCCUUGGAGUUGGCUCUGCAUGCCGGAAAGCUCCCGUUUCCUCCUGAGCAAGGCGAUGAACCGCCGGAGCUUGACAACAUGGCUGACAACUGGCUAGGCGCCAUCGCCAGAGCCACGAUGCAGACCUACUGCGAUGUGAUCCUCCAGAUACCGGAGCUGACCCCCCAUUCCACCAAGCAGCUGGCCACUGACAUUGACUAUCUGACCAAUGUGAUGGACGCCCUGGGCCUGCAGCCAUCUCGCACUCUACAGAACAUCCUGACGCUCCUGAAGGCCAAGCCUGAGGGCUAUAGACAGGCUACCCAAAGCCUCCCCCGCCGCCUCGCCACCACGGUAGCCGCCAUGCGUGGUGUGACUUACUGAACCCACUGCUCCAAUGGGUCGGAGUGGGGAUUCUGGGGCUACACUCUCUAGCAUGGAUUCACUUGUAAAAUCAGCCAAGGAUUGGCCAGACUGGUUUUUAAGACUGGGUGAUUUGCAUAAUCUAAAAAGGGAGUAAAUGACAAGUAUGCUAUUUAUUAGAGAGGGAUUUUCGGGUGAUUUUUGAAGUGAUUUGACCUUGAGAGUGGAAUUAAUCAAUAAACAGACUGAGGAGG